AAUUCCUAGAGGACCUGUGCAGCAACCUCUUGAGGAUAGAAUCUUCACCCCUACUGUCUCUGCUGUGUACAGCACGGUAACACAAGUAGCAAGACAGCCCGGACCCCCGACCCCCUCCCCUUACUCAGCUCAUGAAAUAAACAAGGGGCAUCCAAGUCUUGCGGCAACGCCCCCGGGACAUGCAUCGUCCCCUGGACUCUCUCAGACCCCUUAUCCCUCUGGACAGAAUGCAGGUCCAACCACAUUGGUAUACCCUCAAGCCCCUCAGACAAUGAAUUCACAACCUCAGACCCGUUCUCCGCCCAGCAGAACAGUGCCAAUACAUUGCACAGACAACUGGAAGAGGAGGAAGGUUUUGGAACAGACUCCCGUUUACAGGUCCUUGGCUGGAAGAGGCUGGAUAAAAUACUGCAUUUUUGCAGCGGGGCCUCGACCUGCCCAUCAUCAGUUUUUCCAGAGGCCUCAAAUACAGCCUCCUAGAGCUACCAUCCCGAACAGCAGUCCUUCCAUUCGUCCUGGUGCACAGACACCCACUGCAGUGUAUCAGGCUAAUCAGCACAUCAUGAUGGUUAACCAUCUGCCCAUGCCGUACCCAGUGCCCCAGGGUCCUCAGUACUGUAUACCUCAGUACCGUCAUAGUGGCCCUCCUUAUGUUGGGCCUCCACAACAGUAUCCAGUUCAGCCACCAGGCCCAGGUCCUUUUUAUCCUGGACCAGGACCUGGGGACUUUCCUAAUGCUUAUGGAACACCUUUUUACCCAAGUCAGCCAGUGUAUCAGUCAGCACCUAUCAUAGUGCCUACGCAGCAGCAGCCCCCUCCAGCCAAGAGAGAGAAAAAAACAAUAAGAAUUCGAGAUCCAAACCAGGGAGGUAAAGAUAUAACAGAGGAGAUUAUGUCUGGAGGUGGCAGCAGAAAUCCUACUCCACCCAUAGGGAGGCCCACAUCCACACCUACUCCUCCUCAGCAGCUGCCCAGCCAGGUCCCCGAGCACAGCCCUGUGGUUUAUGGGACUGUGGAGAGCGCUCAUCUUGCUGCCAGCACCCCUGUCACUGCAGCUAGCGACCAGAAGCAAGAAGAGAAGCCAAAACCAGAUCCAGUGUUAAAAUCUCCUUCCCCAGUCCUUAGGCUAGUCCUUAGUGGAGAGAAGAAAGAACAAGCAGGCCAGGCCUCUGAGUCUGCUGCAGUAGAAUCUAUACCAGAGCUUCCUCUGCCUUCAUCACCUGCCACUGUUUCUCCAGUUGCUCGAAAUACAAUUGCUUCCCCCAUCUCUGCUGUUCUUAGUAGCCAUCCGAUAUUCACCACUCCUUUAGAUGACAGAUGUGAACUUUCUUCCUCAAAAGAAGACACAGUUCCUACACCCAGUUCCACAUCCUGCACAGAAACAUCGGAUCCUUCACCAACAGAUGAAAAUGAUGAUGAUAUAUGCAAGACACCUUGCAGUGUAGCACCUAAUGAUACUCCAUUAAUUUCUAGUACUAACUUAAUUAAUGAAAUGAAUGGAGUUAGUGAAAAGCUACCUGUCACAGAGAGCAUUGUGGAAAUAGUAAAACAGGAGGUGUUGCCUUUGACUCUUGAAUUGGAGAUUCUAGAAAAUCCCCCAGAAGAAAUGAAAGUGGAGUGCAUUUCAGCUCCCAUAGCCCCUUCUACAGUUUCUUCCUUUUCUCCAUCUUCUCCACCUCCUCCAGUUUCUCCUCCUUCCACGCCAGUUACUGUUCCUGUUGCCGCCACUAAUGUUAGUUCUGCUGGUGCUCACACCACAGUUCAGAGAGUCUUAGAAGAGGAAGAGAGCAUAAGAACUUGCCUUAGUGAAGAUGCAAAAGAGAUUCAAAGCAAAACAGAGGUAGAAGCAGAUGGGCAAACAGAAGAGAUUGUGGAUUCUCAGAACUUGAGUUCAAGAAAAAGUCCUCUCCCAGCUCAGACAGCUAUAACUGCACCAAAGAUGUGGAAGAAACCAAAAGAUCGGACCCGAACCACUGAAGAGGUGUUAGAGGCAGAAUUGGAGCCUAAAGCUGAAGAGGAGCUUUCAGGUGACAAAGUACUUGAAUCUGAGCACAAUAAAAUGAGCCAAGGGUUUCAUCCUGAAAGAGACUCCUCUGACCUAAAAAAAGCGAAAGCUGUGGAAGAAAAUGGAGAAGCUGAGCCUGUGCGUAAUGGUGCUGAGAGUGUUUCUGAGGGUGAAGGAAUAGAUGCUAAUUCAGGCUCCACUGAUAGUUCUGGUGAAGGGGUCACAUUCCCAUUCAAACCAGAAUCCUGGAAGCCUACUGAUACUGAAGGCAAGAAGCAGUAUGACAGGGAGUUUCUUCUGGACUUCCAGUUCAUGCCAGCCUGUAUACAGAAACCAGAGGGCCUGCCACCAAUCAGUGAUGUGGUCCUUGACAAAAUCAACCAACCCAAAUUGCCAAUGCGAACUCUAGAUCCUAGGAUUUUGCCUCGAGGUCCUGACUUUACUCCAGCCUUUGCAGAUUUUGGAAGACAAACCCCUGGUGGAAGAGGUGUACCUAUCUGUAACGUGCAGAGCAGGCAUGGAUUGCCAAUUCUGGAUCAGAGCACAGGCCCAACUUGCACUCCACUGGUGAUAUCGCACCCACCCCUGAAGAGCCUGCCUCUAGGGUUGUUGAGCGUUGGACCGCGGAGAUCUCAACCUGGCCAGAGAAGAGAACCCAGGAAGAUCAUCACGGUUUCUGUAAAAGAAGAUGUGCACCUGAAGAAGGCAGAGAAUGCUUGGAAGCCCAGCCAGAAGCGAGAUAGCCAAGCAGAGGAUCCUGAAAACAUUAAAACUCAGGAGCUUUUUAGAAAAGUUCGAAGUAUAUUAAAUAAAUUGACACCACAGAUGUUCAACCAGCUGAUGAAGCAAGUGUCAGGACUUACUGUUGACACAGAGGAGCGCCUGAAAGGAGUCAUUGACCUGGUCUUUGAGAAGGCUAUUGAUGAACCGAGUUUCUCUGUGGCUUACGCAAACAUGUGUCGAUGUCUAGUAACGUUGAAAGUACCCAUGGCAGACAAGCCUGGUAACACAGUGAAUUUCCGGAAGCUGUUACUGAACCGUUGCCAGAAGGAGUUUGAGAAAGAUAAAGCAGAUGAUGAUGUCUUUGAGAAGAAGCAGAAAGAACUUGAGGCUGCCAAUGCUCCAGAAGAGAGGACCAGGCUUCACGAUGAGCUGGAAGAAGCUAAGGACAAAGCUCGGCGGAGAUCCAUUGGCAACAUCAAGUUCAUUGGAGAACUCUUUAAACUCAAGAUGCUGACUGAAGCCAUCAUGCAUGACUGUGUGGUCAAGCUGCUAAAGAACCAUGAUGAAGAAUCCCUGGAGUGCCUGUGUCGCCUCCUCACCACCAUUGGCAAAGACCUAGAUUUUGAGAAAGCAAAGCCACGUAUGGACCAGUAUUUUAAUCAGAUGGAAAAAAUUGUAAAAGAAAGGAAAACCUCAUCCAGAAUUCGAUUCAUGCUUCAGGAUGUGAUAGACCUAAGACUGAGUAAUUGGGUCUCUCGAAGAGCAGAUCAAGGGCCUAAAACCAUUGAACAGAUUCACAAAGAGGCUAAAAUAGAAGAACAAGAAGAGCAGAGGAAGGUCCAGCAGCUCAUGACCAAAGAGAAGAGGAGACCAGGCGUCCAGAGAGUAGAUGAAGGUGGGUGGAACACUGUACAAGGGGCCAAGAAUAGUCGUGUACUGGACCCCUCAAAAUUCCUGAAAAUCACCAAGCCCACAAUUGAUGAGAAAAUUCAGUUGGUACCUAAAGCACAGCUGGGCAGCUGGGGGAAAGGCAGCAGUGGUGGAGCAAAGGCAAGUGAGUCUGAUGCCUUGAGGUCAAGUGCUUCCAGUUUAAAUCGGUUCUCUGCUUUGCAACCCCCAGCACCCUCAGGGUCUACGUCAUCUACACCUUUAGAGUUUGAUUCCCGAAGAACCUUAACCAGUCGUGGAAGCAUGGGCAGAGAGAAGAAUGACAAGCCCCUUCCAUCUGCGACAGCUCGUGCGAAUACUUUCAUGCGGGGCAGCAGCAGCAAAGACUUGUUAGACAAUCAGUCUCAAGAAGAGCAGCGAAGAGAAAUGCUAGAGACUGUGAAACAGCUCACGGGAGGUAUGGAUGUGGAGAGGACCAACGCCGAGGCUGACAGAAACAAACCCAGAGAGGCAGUGACAAAGCCAGAAAUGCCAGCAACAUCAGCCACUGACAAGCCUACCUUGUCAGAAGAGGAUGUGGUCAGGAAGUCCAGAUCUAUCAUUGAUGAAUUUCUACACAUUAAUGAUUUUAAGGAAGCCAUGCAAUGUGUGGAAGAGUUGAAUGCCCAAGGCCUGUUACAUGUGUUUGUGAGAAUGGGAGUGGAUUCUACCCUGGAAAGGAGCCAAAUCACCAGGGACCACAUGGGCCAAUUACUACAUCAACUGGUGCAGUCAGAAAAACUCAGCAAACAGGACAUUUUCAAAGGUUUUUCAGAUAUAUUGGAAUUGGCAGAUGACAUGGCCAUUGAUAUUCCCCAUAUUUGGUUGUACCUUGCUGAACUUGUGACCCCCAUGUUAAAAGAAGGUGGAAUCUCCAUGAGAGAACUUAUCAUAGAAUUUAGCAAACCUUUACUUCCUGUUGGAAGAGCUGGGGUCUUUCUUUCUGAAAUACUGCACCUUCUAUGCAAACAAAUGAGCCAUAAGAAAGUGGGAGUCUUAUGGAGGGAGGCACACCUCAGCUGGAAGGACUUUUUACCAGAAGGAGAAGAUGUACAUAAUUUUCUCUUGGAGCAGAAGUUAGACUUUAUAGAGUCUGACAGUUCCUGUUCCUCUGAAGCACUUUCAACGAAAGAACUCUCUGCUGAAGAACUGUAUAAGCGACUCGAGAAACUCAUUAUUGAGGACAAAGCAAAUGAUGAACAGAUCUUUGACUGGGUAGAGGCUAAUCUAGAUGAAAGCCAGAUGAGUUCACCUACAUUCCUUAGAGCUUUAAUGACAGCUGUUUGUAAAGCAGCUAUUAUAGCUGAUUGUUCUACCUUCCGAGUGGACACUACAGUUAUCAAGCAGAGAGUGCCGAUCUUACUCAAGUACCUAGACUCAGACACAGAGAAGGAACUACAAGCACUUUAUGCACUGCAAGCGUCAAUUGUAAAACUUGAUCAACCUGCCAAUUUGCUACGGAUGUUUUUUGAUUGCCUGUAUGACGAGGAGGUGAUCUCUGAGGAUGCCUUCUACAAGUGGGAAAGCAGCAAGGACCCUGCAGAGCAGAAUGGGAAGGGCGUGGCCCUGAAAUCUGUCACGGCAUUCUUCACGUGGCUGCGGGAAGCAGAAGAGGAGUCUGAGGAUAACUAAAACUUCAAAUACACAAAACGAAACAAAAGAAACAAUUUAAGUAUUUUUUAAAAAAGUUUCACGUCUUCGCCAAUCACAGUGCAGCAAGGCCAAUUCUCGCAGAAACCCCCACGUGUGCACAAGUGGGAGAGGGGAAGAGAAAAAGGUGAUCAUGGAGGAAAAAGGUACUGGAAAAAGUAAACUUCAAACCUGAGGGCGGGAGCACUAAACCAAAAUACAUGUAUUAUUUAUAGAAAAUAUUUUCUGUUUUAAUCUUUUCUUUUUAAACGAGGGAGGACUCAUACUUUAAAAAAAAAAAAAAUCUGUUUAGCAAAAAAAAAAAAGAAGAAAAAGUUGAGAACUUUUAAUUUAUUUUAAGGACUGCAAAUGCCAGUGUAAUUUUUUAAUUUGCAGUUUCUGUAAACAACUUGUAUAAUAGAAAAGCAGAGAAAUAAAUUUCCCUCCCCUUCAGAUGCACCUCACGUUUGUUUUAAAACAUAGUAGUUAGGCCAGAUUUAAGAAGGUUGGGGUGAACAAGGUAGGAAAGAUUUUUUUUUUUGGGGCAUCAAAUCUUUCUGCCUGCCUCUCAGCUUGCUUCAGAAAAUAAAAGAAUCACAAUAGCAAUCAAAACAUACAUAACCUUGGAACAGAAGGAAAUGCUGUGGACCAGAGAACUCCAAGAAUUGUUUUAAAAAAAAUUUAAAAAGUGCUACCCUGGGAAAAAUAGUCAAUACUUUUGAAAUCUUUAGAGUAACUUUAAGGCUUGUAAAUACAUAGAACAAAUAUUUAAAAAAAAAAAAAAGGAAUUGACUCAAUACUAUUUCUUUUCAUUUUCAAAAUAUAAAGAACAAAAUAAAGACAAACAUUGCAAGUUUAAAAGAAAGUACAGUGACUUCUCCUUUUGACAGCUGCUGCAUGUGCGCCCAUUUUUUGGGAGGUGCUGUCUGGCUAUUCCUUGUCUAAUCCUAAUCACUCCUGAGUGAUGUGUGUGCGCACGUGUGUGUGUGUGUGCACGCAUGUGUGUAUACAGUUGGAAAGGGAAAGUUACUUUGGGGGCUAGGAGGGCACUGGUGCUUGGGUGAGAGAGCCAGUCCCUCUUAAAGUCCAGGGGUAGCUUCUUUCUAGCACCAAAUAGAAAUACAUUCAAGGUAGGAACAAACCAUAGGGCAGUUUUUUAAAUGACUUAGCGUUCCGCUGUAUAUACCAGGACUUAGGACACUUAUUUACUUUAAGACUACCACUACCACUGAUUUUAAAAUCUUCACUUGUCACACAUGCUUAAGGAAUCCCAGGAUGUCUUCCAAAGAACGAAGGGAACCAGAGCUAAAUUACACUCUUUAAAAAGUGGACAUGGUGGGCCUCCCUGGUGGCACAGGGGUUAAAGUCUCAGCGCUAUCAAGAUAUCACCAGCCACUGUGGCAUGAGUUCGAUCCCCAGUCAGGGAGCUGACCCCCGUGGUGCAGCAGACCUCUCCUGAAAUACACUGCUCCCCCUCAGCAGUGUAUUUCAGUGGAUCCGCCUGUUCUGCUCCCUGCUCUACACCCUAGUUCUUGUAUGCAUAAGUAAAUAAAAAUAAAUGUUAAAAAAAAAAAGUAGACAUGAGGACUUAAAAACGAACCAAAACCAUGUGUGAAAAAUCACAGUGGUUCCCAGCUUCAACUUCACUGAGAACAUUCUGGUGAGUAUAAAACCAUCUGUGAUCUGGAUCUCUGUUUCUCCUACAGAUAUUGGGGUGCUGUGCUUUUUGUUUUUCUUUAAUGAGAUUGCAGUCUCUACAGAUGGUUUUUCAUUUCAGUUGUUAGUAGGCCUUCACCUUACAAAUUGUAUUUCAGAGGAAAGCCAGGCUGCUCUCAAAUAAACUGUAUUUAGUGUCUGGUUAACCGAAGAGUGUUUCUGACUUUCAUCGCUGAGAAAAUAUUCACGCUAAUAGACUUGUGAAGCAUAGGACAAAAUUUUCCAUAGCAAUAUAAGGUUUUCUUCAGAGUAUCAUUGGACACAAUAGAGGAUCUCACCACCUAGGCCUGAACAGCCCAUUCUGCAGGUGGCAGGGAGCUGCUGUUGAAGAGCCCAGUCCUGAAAGCCUUCCGCCAGGCAGGUGACAACAUCUGCCACAAAAGAUGGGUCCCAAAAGCUGUUUCAGAGUUGCUGCCUGGGAUCCCUCAUCUGGAGGAAACAACCUGAUUUCUAUGAUACCAUGACUUUCAUCAGCUUCCAGAAUCAAAGUGCAGAGGGUUCUGACCCAGAAAUCUCCUGAGUACUGUAGGUUGGUUGCAUUACUCACGGGCUGAAGGGUGAGGAAUUUGGGGGAAGCAUAGUGGUGACUGCCUUUUAGAAAUCAGUGGUGAUUGUUCACAGGAGACUGAAAAAGCUACAGAGAGUAGAAAUGGCUUAUCAGUAUUUUAGAGGUAGACAAGAAUAAUGAAUGAAGAGAAGAGAAUAAUAUUUAGGAGCAGGGAGAG